AGCCGCUUGAAGUGAUUUGCUUUAUGUCUCUCUUGCUUGCAUCGGUCACGGUCGAGUCAUCACUUCAUCAGUAUCUCAUCAUCUUCCGAACGAUGCAGCCACGUUUUGGUGACGAAGGAACAAACAGUGAUUGUGUCAGCAGCGCAGUGUCCUGUCAUCACCCUGGCGUCGUGUUUAGACUUCCUUGCAGAGGAAGUUAUCUUAAUCUGCCUGUCCCGUCGAUUCUUCGUCAACCCACCGAGUUAUCGGAUUAUGGAAUUAACGACAUCCUAAUUCCCGAAAUAACAGAGACUACAGGAACACCGACAGAAAGUGCUAGCAAAGAAGACGAAGGUGGUGAUGAUAAAGAUGGAACAGAUGAUGAUAAAAACGGUACAGAUGAUGAUAAAGUCAAUACAGAUGAAAGUUCAUCUGAAAGUGCUGAGGAGGAUAAUCAAUCAAAUCAAAUAUAAUCAGCACGCUAAAGGACUGUAGUCUCGAAACUCGAACUCUUGUCUUUCGAAUGCGCACACACGUGCAAGUGAUGGUAGUAGCGAGAUCUAGCGCCGUUUCAUUAUAUAUUAAUGUACGAUAAAAUAGUGAUAAAUAUUCAUAUAAGCUAUUGUUCUUUACUUAUUUAAUCUAAUAAAUAAGUAUUGUGUCCGUAUUCUUUUUCUGUAAAAAGUUAUAAAAUUCUUAACUUUUGUCGAAUAUUAGGCCGAGUAUUUUUACUUCGUUCACAGUUUUGAUAAUCUUUUCAUUGAUGUGUAGUUUUAGUUCGUGUGGUUCAUUCCUGUUUUUGUCAAAAAUAAUUGCUUGUGUUUUAUUCGUGGAGAAUUUAAAUCCUGUUACUUCGGCGUAUUGUGAUAGCUUGUUUAACGUGAUUUGCAUAAUAUUUUCGCUGGUUUUUAUAUUUUUGCCUUUUACGAAUAAUGUUACAUCGUCUGCAAAGAUUGUAGUCAAAACUGGAGAAGCAAUGUGUUUGGAAAUGCCAUUUAUGGCCAAUAGAAAUAGUGUUACGCUAAUGACUGAUCCUUGUGGCACACCGUUUGCUAUGCAAACGGAGUCAGAAUAUGUGUCUAUCAUUAUACAAUGCUCUGUGAAUUGUAAAAAGGCUACUAGACAUGUUACCUAGAAAUAUGUAACCUAGAUGAUUCUGAUUUAACUGUUUUCGUUCAUAUUUUCACAUCCAGACUCAUGCGAAUUUUUUAAUUGUGCAGGUAAAAUUUUACUUAUAGCCAGUUACGCAGAAACUACUAUCUCUAGCACAUUGUAUUUCUGGUUUCUAGCAUAGUUUUACAUGGAGAAAGUGAUAAAUGUUUUGGCUUUUUUGUCAAGGUAUUAGGUAAUUAGAAUUUUGACUUUUAAUAGUUGUGAGAGACCGAUACCUGUUUUUCCAUUUUUGCAUUUAUUCUCAUUCAAAAACUAACAGGUCUAGAGAGCUCAUAUUUUGCAUAUAGAUUUCUUUUGUGAUUGUGAAAAACUUCUGAUUUUGACUCCUACACUGAUGUGAAUGCAAACUCAUGCUAUACGACUAAAUAAUUAUCAAAAGUAUUUCAGUUAACGUUGAUUCAACUUUAAAUAUCUUUCCACAAUCACAAAAGAAACUGUUAGUUUUCGAAUGAGAAAAAAUGGAGAAACAGGUAUUGGUCUCAAAAUCUCUCACAACUGUUAAAAGUUAAAAUUCUAAUUAAGGUCUUGACAAAAAAGCUAAAAUACUUAUCAUUUUCUUCAUAUAAAAAUAGACUGGAAACCAGAAAUACAAUGUGCUAGAGAUGGUAGUUUCUGUGUAACUGUCUACAAGCAAAAUUUGAUACGCUAAAUUAAAAAAUUCAUAUGGACCUCGAUGUGAAAAUAUGAAUGAAAACAGUUAAAUCAGAAUCAUCUAGGUUACAUGUUUUCUAGGUAGCAUAGUAAGUAUCUGUGUAAAAUUUCAGUCGUAUAGCUUUUUCGUAAUGCAAAUAAAUGGCAUUUUAAUGAUAGACAAACCCAUACUGACUCUUAUACUGAACUUUUCUUGAAAUUCGCUAUUCAAACCAAUGAUGACGGCAUUGAGCAUUAUUAAUAUAUUUAUUAAAAAAUAGUUUUGAGGGAUUUAGUAACAUGUUACAUGCUUAUAAAAUAUUAGCAGGCGUUAGUGUGCCGCCCAACACUUAUGGUAGAUUUUCUAUGGUUAUUAGACAGAGAUAGAAUCAAGAGCGCUCCUUCAUUCCUAGUGAAAUAUAAUAGCCAAUUGAAGCUAUACUUCAACGUAAGCACCGACAACUUAACUGCGUAUAUAUAACUAACUUUUUAAAUCAUUGCUUUUCAUCCACUGUCGCACUGCCAGCAUUCGCGUUAUACAUACUUUGAGUCAACUUAUGGCUCUAUUGAACGCAAAGAUUUGUUGUGAAAAUUAAACCAUCAUCAUCAGAGGACGAAUAGGAUAUAUGUAUGAUUACCAUUGCCUUUUUUUAGAGUAGGUUAAUCAUAUAACCAUUUGUCGAAAUAUUUGUGAACAAUAGAAAUUUAAGUCAUAGAUACGAUUUUUCAUUGUUAAAUAAAAAAAAAUAACGAUUCAAAAAUGUUAAAAAUUCACAAACAUCGUUUUUUAUGUAUCCUGCGUUGGUCAGGGCCGAUUUAUAUAAAACAAAAGAUUGUAUGAGCUUUCAUUUAUUGUCUGGAAAUUUAAUUUCAAUCACCCAUCCAACGUAAAAUUAACUAAAAUUCAAACUGCAAAAUUUUAAAGUAAACGCUCAACCGCGAAACGUCACGUGAGUGAAAAUGGCGCAAACUUGAAAACAGAUUACAGAUCCAGAAAACUUGUGUUGUCAUUCGAGCGAAGAAGUUCGUGCUCCAGCAGCGAAAGGAUGGCGAGCGAUACUGCAAAUAAUACUUUCGGCUUUGAAUUGCUGCAUAAAGUCUCUGCUGCGCAAAUAUCGAAAAAGGAAGAUGUUCUGAUUCUUCUCGUGCACUGGCACUUCGUCAAAAAUGGAUAUAAGUGCCUGGGAAUCGGCGAUUCUAAAACAAUUGGCCCUGACGAAACUGGAACUGAACUCUUGCCAGAUGGAUGGAAUCAGGCUCCAAAUUAUACGUUGCGUUAUGUCAAGGAAGGAAAAUUAUAUAUUCUCAUCGGAACCAAAUCCGAAGCAGAUUUACUAUUGAAUCUAUUGAGAAUUGAGGACCACAGUGUAUCAAACAUACAGUUUCCUAUUGAUACUGUCCAAGAAAUUCAAGGAUCUUUGGAAACAAUGAUUCCUACUUAUGAUGCGAUAUUGAAUCUGUUGAAAAAAGAACUCGUGGAGCCAGUUUACACAGGAACUGGUCGAGAAGUAUCGACGCAAACUUCAGAAUCAGAAAGGCCAGGAAGAAUUAACUAUGAUGACCCGUUAAGAGUAGGAUCAUCAGGCCCAACACCGCCAAGACCUCCUGGUUCUCUUAUACCUGGCCGACCCCUAAGUCCUGACCGCUUUGAUCAUGCGCCUUAUUGCGACAGAUACAGACCUAAUCCGCUUGAAAUUGGUAGAAAUGAUUUAGAUCCAUUUAGUCGAGGUGGAAGAGGUAUGAUUUUUGACCCAUUCGCACAACGUCGUGGGCCACAACCGCCUUUCCCAGGUCUCGGAGUUCCUGGCCGAUUACCACCUGGCGCCGUUCCACCUGGAGCAAGAUUUGAUCCGUUCGGUCCACCUGACGUCGAUCCGCCGAAUCCUAGAGGAAGGGCGCCAGAUGCUGAUCACAUGCCUCCACCGGGGUAUGACGAUAUGUUUAUGUAAAAAAUUAAGAAUACAAAUCGAAUAUAUUAUAAAAAUCGAAUAUAUAACUUAUCUACGUAAGGAACUCUAAAAAUAAGGAAACAAAUAUUUUAAAUAAAGCAUAUCUUUCUAUAAAUGUCGUUUGAUGUUCAUGUUUCAAGAAAAUUUUGCAAACGCAUCACAAAACGACGUCCAUUUAUUUUUAAUUAAUGUCGUUUACAGUGUAACAAAAACGAUGCUUUCAAUUUUUUUUUCAAUCGAUGCGUGAACAAUGGUAUAGUGGUAAAUCACAUCAACAAAUGAAAAACAUGUGAAUUACGUAUAAUGGUAAACUUGCUUUUAAACAGCAGCAUGUUUUAUCGUUAUUUUCGUCGUUUAUACUUAGUUACCCAGUCAUUCAUGAAUGCGGAGCGAGCACAGAUGCUCUUGAUUUUUAUUUAAGCAGCUUAAAAUAUGCUUUAUGCAAAUUCUUGUUAUGUAUAUAUAUGUAAGUUCUAGAUACAUAUUUAUACAUACAUUCUUUAUUUUGUUUUUUUCUUAUCUUAAAAAGAAAGAUUGAGCUUGCAUCAUGAAAAGAAAGCAACAUAAUAAUUAACUGGCAGUUUGUGAUUAACAUUCAUCGCAAACUUGUUGCAAGCAUUUUAAAGAGAUCCCACUUGAUGUGUGAUAAAAUUGAAUUAAGUAUUUAUAGUGCACGCAUGGUUUCAAGACCAAAUAGAGUUCGAAUUAGGAGUUACUAGUUUUUUUUUCUUUAUUCUUGUAUAAGCAACGCGAAAUCUCUCAAUAAAUUAGUCAAGUCCUUAUAAUCGCUUCUUCAAGAAACUAGCUUUUUCCUAUGUAACGAAGGUAAAUCGAGGAAAGGAUCGAAAAAUCACGUCGGUUUUAUGAAUUUGUACGUUGUUCUUCGGCCAUUCUUGGCAAGCUAUACAAGAGUUUGUAACAAGUCAAGCUGUACAAAUCUGGCCAAUAUUUCUAGUUGGGGAAGAAAAGAAGAUAAUCAGUUUCUUCAGUUUCUUCGGAUGCUUGAAUAAAAAUAUAUCACAGUCGAGUAUUAUGGUUUUGUACGACGCACUAUGUGUUGUUUAAUAAUCCUUGAACGUGACUCGAAGAAGCGCUUGAUAAAGGACUCGCUUUGAUGAGAGAAAGAAAAAGAAAGAAAAUGGUAACUUGGAGAUUACAGUGUGAAAGAAUAACAAAAUCACAAGUAUUCUUUUACUUUGCGUUAAAGCAAGAGACAGUUAAUUCAUUAUACAAAAUACAUUCACAUUGUACGCAAGUAAUCAUCGCAAGGACAAUUGAACUAAGGUAAGAAUCAAUAGAUACAGGGAUUAACAUACUUGAUUUUGGAUCAGGGGAUCCACAUGUUUCAUUUCGUUUUAUUAUGAACGUCCCUCGUUCCAUCCUCUGGUAAAAAAUAUUGCAGUGCUUUUUUGUUUCGUUUUAAACCUUACAAAGAAGGAGUUGUGUAGAAUAGGUUUGUUAUCGUUAUUUUUUUGUUCAUGUCUUGACAUCGAAUUUUGUCUGCACUUUGCGACGGCGAGGAAUGUACAGUCCAUUGGUGAAAGAGCACGUAAAGACGCAUCAUGCAUUCUUCAAUUUCUUUUGGCCUCGAGUUCACGGUACAAA